UCCACUCCCCACCACACGGGUUGUUCCUUUCUCUCUUGGAAGAGCCCACUGGACUGCAGGUGGAAGAACUACAACUCCCAGCAGCUAUUGCAAGCUCAACCUCCGUGCACACUCACCCCAGGCCUCACAUCCGGCAUGCGCCGUGCUCGCUCACAGAACUACACUUUCCAACUCUCCCCACACGGCCCGUGACACUCUGUGGACCGCGAGCACACAGCAGGGUUUCUACAGCUGCUCCCCACUUUCUCGGACCCAGUCCUGGACCCAGCCCCCGACUCCGACACGGCUCCACCAUGGAGGAGGCGGACCGAAUCCUCAUCCAUUCCCUGCGCCAGGCCGGCACGGCAGUUCCUCCAGAUGUGCAGACCUUGCGCGCCUUCACCACUGAGCUGGUUGUAGAGGCUGUGGUCCGCUGCCUGCGUGUGAUCAACCCUGCCGUGGGCUCUGGCCUCAGCCCCCUGCUGCCUCUUGCCAUGUCUGCCCGGUUCCGCCUGGCCAUGAGCCUGGCUCAGGCCUGCAUGGACCUGGGCUAUCCCUUGGAGCUUGGCUAUCAGAACUUCCUCUACCCCAGUGAGCCUGACCUCCGAGACCUGCUUCUCUUCUUGGCUGAGCGUCUGCCCACCGAUGCCUCUGAGGAUGCAGACCAGCCUGCAGGUGACUCAGCUAUUCUCCUCCGGGCCAUUGGGAGCCAAAUUCGGGACCAGCUGGCACUGCCUUGGGUCCCACCCCUCCUUCGCACUCCCAAGCUGCAGCACCUCCAGGGCUCAGCCCUCCAGAAGCCUUUCCAUGCCAGCAGGCUGGUCGUGCCAGAAUUGAGUUCCAGAGGCGAGCCACGGGAGUUCCAGGCGAGUCCCCUGCUGCUUCCAGUCCCUACCCAGGUGCCUCAGCCUGUUGGAAGGGUGGCCUCGCUCCUCGAACACCAUGCCCUGCAGCUCUGCCAGCAGACGGGCCGGGACCGGCCAGGGGAUGAGGACUGGGUCCGCCGGACAUCCCGCCUCCCACCUCAGGAGGACACACGGGCUCAGCGGCAGCGGCUGCAGAAGCAACUGACUGAGCAUCUGCGCCAAAGCUGGGGCCUGCUUGGGGCCCCCAUACAAGCCCGGGACCUGGGAGAGCUGCUGCAGGCCUGGGGUGCUGGGGCCAAGACUGGUGCUCCUAAGGGUUCCCGCUUCACGCACUCAGAGAAGUUCACCUUCCAUCUGGAGCCCCAGGCCCAGGCCACUCAGGUGUCAGAUGUGCCAGCCACCUCCCGGCAGCCUGAACAGAUCACGUGGGCAGCUCAGGAACAGGAGCUUGAGUCCCUUCGGGACCAGCUGGAAGGAGUGAACCGCAGCAUUGAGGAGGUUGAGGCCGACAUGAAGACCCUGGGCGUCAGCUUUGUGCAGGCAGAGUCUGAGUGCCGGCACAGCGAGCUCAGCACAGCGGAGCGUGAGCAGGCCCUGCGCCUGAAGAGCCGCGCGGUGGAGCUGCUGCCCGAUGGGGCUGCCAACCUUGCCAAGCUACAGCUUGUGGUGGAGAAUAGUGCCCAGCGGGUCAUCCACUUGGCGGGUCAGUGGGAGAAGCACCGGGUCCCACUCCUUGCUGAGUACCGCCACCUCCGAAAGCUGCAGGAUUGCAGAGAGCUGGAAUCUUCUCGACGGCUGGCAGAGAUCCAAGAAUUGCACCAGAGUGUCCGGGCGGCUGCUGAAGAGGCCCGCAGGAAGGAGGAGGUCUAUAAGCAGCUGGUGUCAGAGCUGGAGACUCUGCCCAGAGAUGUGUCCCGGCUGGCCUACACCCAGCGCAUCCUGGAGAUCGUGGGCAACAUCCGGAAGCAGAAGGAAGAGAUCACCAAGAUCUUGUCUGAUACGAAGGAGCUUCAGAAGGAAAUCAACUCCCUAUCUGGGAAGCUGGACCGGACGUUUGCGGUGACUGAUGAGCUUGUGUUCAAGGAUGCCAAGAAGGACGAUGCUGUUCGGAAGGCCUAUAAGUAUCUAGCUGCCCUGCACGAGAACUGCAGCCAGCUCAUCCAGACCAUUGAGGACACAGGCACCAUCAUGCGGGAGGUUCGAGACCUUGAGGAGCAGAUCGAGACAGAGCUGGGCAAGAAGACCCUCAGCAACCUGGAGAAGAUCCGGGAGGACUACCGAGCCCUCCGCCAGGAGAACGCUGGCCUCCUAGGCCGGGUCCGGGAGGCCUGAGGAGCCGCCGGCAGAGGUCUCUCCCCAGCCUCAGGCAGGGAUUUGGGGUGCUGGAGGCAGUGGCCAAGCACAUGCCCUAGCUACUUCCUCCGUGGCCCAGUUCCUCCUCCUGCGGCCUUGGACCCAGACCCCUGCCUACUGACCGCAACCAUUAUAUGGGGUGAUAAUCCAGCAUGUGGGGAGCUCGGCUGCAGUUUAUUGGGGAUGGUACUGUGGGUUGGGGGCCUUGGAUCCCAAAUAAAUGAGUAGUUCCUCUGCA